CCACAACGAACAACUCAAAAAAUCUCUACAAAUACAAACUCCAAUUCCAACAUCAGCUCCCAAAUUCGAAAUACCGAGGUACCUAAUACUUUUAACAGUAAAGAUCGCGACUGCAAGGAAUGAAGUUCAACCACUCAUGGCGUCCGAUCAUCGUACCUUAAAUCCAAAGGCUUCGCAAGAGACGUUAAUAUCUCUGCUCCAUCUGGAUCCUUCGCCUAUAGACAAUGCGUCCCUCUAUGAAAAAGAUCUUCCACCUCUACCUGAGGAAGAUCAAGAGUCUUCGAGUUAUAGUACGAGACAUACACCGGCCAGCUCAACUUCUACCUUAGGUCUCAGCGGCAGCGGUCAUGGCCCGAUAUAUUAUUUAUCACGAAUCCAACGCUAUUCUUCCUAUACAUUUUCCUUCUUCGCCGGCCUCCAUCUUGCCAACACCGCCGUGUUCCCUCUGGUUUACCAAUCUGUUCCCUACUCCGAACCCUUUCUUCUCAUGGCUCGUGAGCUCUAUCAGACCCCUUUCACCGAGCCUCUACUGGUCGCCCUCCCCGUCGUUGCCCACGUCACAUCAGGUAUUGCCAUACGCCUACUGCGCCGACGCCAAAACCUAAAGCGGUACGGCGGCGAGACCCCGGGUAUGUGGGCUUUACAUCACUCAAAGUCACCCAACCAGAAGCACAGUAUUAAGAUAUGGCCGCCCUUGACUUAUAUUUCGGUUUCUGGGUAUAUCUUCGUUGGACUUCUUGCCUCGCACGUAGGCAUGAACCGUAUCUUACCUCUCGUCGUUGAUGGUGAUAGCUCCAACAUUGGGCUGCGAUUUGUAUCACAUGGCUUCGCUCGACACCCGCUACCGCCCUGGAUAGCAUAUUCGCUACUAAUAUCCGUCGGAGUAGGUCAUAUGGUUUGGGGCUGGGCUAAGUGGUUAAAUCUCACGCCGCCUGCCAACUGGAAGAAGAUAACUUUUGAUAAGCAGCUACGAAAGAGGCGACGGCGCGCUUGGUGGGGUAUCCAGGCCGUCUCCGUCGCACUUGCGGCGCUUUGGGCUGCUGGGGGCCUGGGGAUCGUGGCAAGGGCCGGACCCGCCGAGGGCUGGCUUGCUACCGUCUAUGAUAAUAUCUACGUCGCCGUAGGCCACUGACCAAAGAAUUUCAGACCGUUUGUGACAAAACUCGAUCUACUUAUUUCCGAUGGAACGUAGGAAUAAGAUGGUAUGAUGUCUAUAGACAGUUUCAUUUCAGACAAUGGUGCAUUAACAUCAUAUACGCACCUAUCGUCGACAGUGCUGCUGCGGUGAUUCGUGGCGGUUCGAUAGGUAACACAAUACAAUUCCAGGUUUGUUUGCUUCCUGAUUUUUCUGUUUCUGUAUUUUCUUUAUCCCGCCAAAUCCGUCGGAUACUCGAGGCCAAUUAUCAACUCAUCUACCAUCUUCUCAUACUAUCCUUU